CAUUUCUUAGCUUACAGCCUUGCACACAAUAGUGUGUGUGAGUAAAAACAUGGAGGUUUCUUGGGAAACCAGUGUGACAGAUUCAAUCAACACCAUUUACCUUCUCUUCUCAGGCUAUUUGGUCUUUAUGAUGCAGCUGGGCUUUGCCAUGCUAUGUGCGGGCUCAGUUCGGGCCAAGAAUGCCAUGAACAUUAUGCUGACUAAUGUUGUAGAUGCAGUCGUUGGUAGCCUCUCGUACUUCUUAUUUGGGUUUGCGUUUGCCUUUGGUGGUGGGUCGGACUCGAACCCAUUCAUUGGUACUCAGUACUUUGCUUUAAAAGAUAUCCCCUCAAGUUCGUAUGACUAUAGUUUCUUUCUUUAUCAAUGGGCGUUUGCUAUAGCGGUUGCGGGGAUCACUGCAGGGUCGAUAGCGGAGCGAACCCAAUUUAGUGCCUAUCUUGUUUUUUCUUUUUUCCUUACUGGGUUUGUUUAUCCAGUUGUGGCCCAUUGGGUUUGGUCUUCUAACGGUUGGCUCAACCCUGGGGCUACAACCUGCUUGUUUGGAUCAGGCGCUAUUGAUUUUGCGGGUAGUGGUGUGGUGCACUUGGUUGGUGGAAUUGGUGGAUUAUGGGGUGCACUUAUAGAAGGACCAAGGGUUGGUAGGUUUGAUGCUUUUGGGAAGCCUGUUCAAAUGCGUGGUCACAAUGCCACUCUAGUAGUACUCGGGACUUUCUUGUUGUGGUUUGGUUGGUUCGGGUUUAAUCCAGGAUCAUUUAACAAGAUUCUGGUCUCAUAUCCCGAUAAUUUCGAUGAAGGUAACUGGACUGCAGUGGGUCGAACAGCGGUUACAACAACACUAGCUGGUUCAACUGCUGGUAUUGUAACCUUGUUUGGCCGACGCCUACUUGUCGGUCAUUGGGAUGCUUUAGAUGUCUGCAACGGUGUCCUUGGUGGGUUUGUGGCCAUCACAUCUGGUUGCUCAGUGGUGGAGCCAUGGGCUGCCAUUGUGUGUGGAUUUGUUGCAGCCUGUGUUCUAAUCGGGCUUAAUAUCGUAGCUCUAAAGCUGCAUUAUGACGACCCUUUGGAGGCAGCUCAAUUGCAUGGUGGAUGUGGGGCAUGGGGGUUAAUUUUCACGGGCUUAUUCGCAAAAGAGCAGUUUGUUAUCGAAACCUACAACUCAGGUACUCUAGGGAUAACAAGGCCUUACGGGCUGUUCUUGGGGGGAGGUUGGGGGUUGAUUGGAGCCCAAGUCAUGGAAGUCGUCGUUAUUGUGUCUUGGGUUAGUGUGACCAUGGGUCCGUUGUUUUACCUUCUACAUAAGCUGAGUAUACUAAGGAUAUCAAUCGACGAAGAAGUUGCUGGGCUCGAUAUUUCGAGCCAUGGUGGUUAUGCCUACAAUGCACACCCAGAAGAGAGCGGUCCACAGUUGUAUGGUGAUUACCUUAGGCUUCACGAUCAAUCCUGAUCCUAUUGAUUGGUUGUGUGAUUUGUGUAUAUUAUGGUAAUAUUUUUCUACAUAUGAUGUUGUAAUUUGUUGUAUUCUUUCGUAAAUGUGGUCACUUUUAUUGAAUAAAAAGCUACAAGAAUGUGCAUACGUUGAAGAA